AUGGACCUGUACUUGGGUUUCGUGGUUCUGGAGGGCAUCCUGGCUGCAGUCAUUGUCGCCAUCAACCUGCUGGUGUGUGUCACAAUCUACCUGCACAAGGAACUGAGGAGCAUCACCAACUACCUGAUCGUCUGCCUGGCGGCGGCUGACCUAUGCGUGGGCGCCUUGGCCAUCCCCUUCUCCAUGGUGCUCAGCAUGGAGUACACCCUGUGCUUCUACACGUGUCUCUUCCUCACCUGCUUCCCGCUGGUCACCACCCAGUUCUCCAUCCUCCUCCUGCUGGUCAUCGCCAUCAAUGCCCACCUGAAGAUCAAGCUGCCCAACAGCUAUGCCAUGCACGUGAAGAAGGGCUGGGUGGUGAUCAUCAUGGUAUUUUGCUGGCUGCUCUCGGUCCUGAUUGGUCUCUCCCCGAUGAUGGGCUGGAACCGCUUUGGGCAAUACGUGGAGACAAGCAACACGACUCCCGGGGUCAGCUUCCCCUCUGUCGCCUUCGAGAGAGCUACUUUCAUCAUCAUCGCUCAAGACUUGCCUUAUGGGGGCCUCCUCUCCAAGGUCUACCCAGCCCAACGGCAGCGUUCCAACUACUCCGAGAUCCAUUUUGGACACAUUGGCCUCUGUUCUUUCACCUCCAUUUUCUGUCCUGAAUAUCUGGUCUAUUUCAUCUUCUUCACUUGCACCCUUCUUCCGCUGGCAGCCAUGCUGGGCAUCUAUGCUGACCUCUUCCGGGUGGUCCGUGGCCAUUUCCAGACACAGACUCUUUGGCCAGCCAAACGGAGGGAAAUCCAUAUGGCCCGCACCCUCUUCCUCUUAGUGGGCGUCUUUUGCAUUUGCUGGAUGCCGCUGCAUGUCCUCUACUGCAUCCAGUUGCUGUGUCCCGCCUGUCGGCGCUACGAAUCUCUGGAGCACCUGGCUGUCUUGCUCUCCCACCUGAACUCCUUGGCCAACCCAUUGGUCUAUGCCCUGAGGAAGAAGGACUUAGGACAAGCCCUCCGGUCUGUCUUCUUCCAUCGUGUCCUGCAUUGGCCCAGGCUGAAGGCCUGCUGUUGUCCCAGUGCCAAAGUCCAUCCCCAGGCCUGA